AUGAUGCAUAGGAAACAAUUGAAUCGGAGGAAGAAUAAGAUGGAGAACUCCAUUGCGGCAAGGUGUCGCAACAAGUUUUGGAUUGUAUUUCUUGCUCUCUUCGUCUUCUGGCACCCAUUGUUUUACGGCUUCAAUUGGUUCUCUUUCCCCGGAAUCGCGUCCCCGGCAAAACAAGCGGCGACUUUCAUGGAAGCGUUUCUUGCAGAUCCUGUUAGAAACCGCGCAGGAACGGUGGUUAAAAAUGGCGGUUUUGAAGACCCGGCGGGGAAGGAAUUGGAACACAACGACGAUGCCUGCGCGGGGAGGUAUAUUUAUAUGCACGAUUUGCCGGGGAGAUUCAACGAGGAUUUGAUGAAGGAAUGUAGAUUGUUGAAUAAAUGGGUGGAUAUGUGUGGGUAUUUGGUGAAUAUGGGUCUGGGUCCUGUUCUUGGAAAUCGCCGGUUUUUGCAGAGCAGAGGGUGGUUUUCCACGAACCAAUUCUCUCUGGAACCUAUAUUCCAUUCCAGGAUGAAACAAUACGAGUGUUUAACCAACGACUCGUCGCGGGCCGCCGCCGUUUUUGUGCCGUACUAUGCGGGUUUCGACGUUGUCCGAUAUUUGUGGGACGAUUUCAACGCCUCCGUCCGGGAUUCCGGCGCUCUGGGGUUGGUGAAAUGGCUCAGGGAAAAGCCGGAGUGGGGUUUCAUGGGCGGGAGAGAUCAUUUCAUGGUUGCGGGGAGAAUAACGUGGGAUUUCCGGCGGUUAGACGACGGCGAUUCUUCUUGGGGUAAUAAGUUGAUGUUAUUGCCGGAGUGCCGGAAUAUGACGGUGUUAACGAUCGAGUCAAGUCCUCGGGACAAAAACGAUUUCGCGAUCCCGUACCCGUCCUAUUUCCAUCCCUCCACCGCCGACCAAGUUCUGCAGUGGCAGAACCGGAUGAGGAGGCAACGGCGGCGGACGUUAUUCGCCUUCGCCGGCGCGCCGCGGCCCAACCUCGACGACUCAAUCCGCGGUCAGGUCAUCCGACAGUGUCUCAAGUCAAGAACCAAAUGCCGGCUGUCGGAGUGCAAACCCGACCGUCGGAAAUGCGACAAUCCGGUUUACGUGAUGAGGAUGUUUCAGAGCUCCGAUUUCUGCUUACAACCUCCCGGCGAUUCAUUCACGCGCCGAUCAACUUUCGACUCAAUUCUCGCCGGCUGCAUCCCGGUAUUCUUCACUCCGGCGUCCGCUUACGUGCAGUAUCUCUGGCACCUGCCCAGGAAUUUCGCCAAGUACUCGGUGCUAAUCCCGGAGGGGGAUGUAAGAGGGAAUAACGCUAGCAUUGAGAACAUAUUAUCUGGGAUAUCGAAAUCCCGGGUUUCUGCCAUGAGAGAGGAGGUAAUCAAGCUAAUCCCGAGAUUAGUUUAUGCUGAUCCUAGGACGAGAUUGGAGAGGAUUAAGGAUGCGUUUGAUUUGACGGUGGAAGCAGUGAUAGACAGAGUGAAGAAACUGAGGAAAGAGAUGAGAGAAGGCAAGGAUUCCAGUCUUGAUUUUGACGAUGAACAUAGCUGGAAGUAUUAUGCGUUUGGGACGGUAGCAGAACAUGAAUGGGAUCACUUCUUUAGCAAAUAUAGUAGUAGUACUAGGCAGAAUUAA